AUGACGCUCGGCAGCAUCCUCACCGUUGCAGGCAUCCUCCUGCUCUUCGUCAUCUUCGCCUUCGUCCUCGCCUCCCUCCAGUACUGCUUCAACGCCAGCAGGGACAGGGACGCAGGGAGCGGGCGGCGGCGCCGUGGUCCGCGGCCGGCCGCCGGUGGUAGCAGCGGUGGGACACGGGCCAGCAGGGCGUCGACCCGGAUCUGCUGCGCUCGCUGCCUGUCACGGUGUACCACGGUUCGGACAAGGGGCAGCGAGUGCGUCGACAUGUGGCUCGCCUCCCACACCACCUGCCCGCUCUGCCGCCUCACCGUCUCCAAGCCCGACGACGUAUCUCCUCAUCUGGCGCCUUCCUUGGCUCUCCCACCGGUCGCGCCGGAGCCCGCGAACUACGCCACCGUCAACCUCCCCGCCAGCGUGCUUCUCGGGGUGUCUGACCACGGCGCGGUCACUGCGGAGACUAUGACCACCGACGUCCCCACGAACCCAUCCACCUUGGUGAUCGAGAUCCCGGAGCUGGCCGUGCCGACGCCGACGCUGACCCCGUGCGACGCUGCCAAGUCACCGGGCUCGGCGAGGCUGAGAUCGUUCAGGAGGCUGUGGAGCUUCGGAAGGCAAGGGGCCGGAGCGACUCCUUCCUGCUCCUGUGCCGGUGCCGGCGCCAGCGAAGGAGUCGACUUGGAGCAGGGUAUCAGCUAG